AUGGAGCAGAGCCUCCUAUCCGAAUUUGACCUCUUCGUGGAUACUAUCCGACUAGACGAGCUUUGUGCUGCUGCAGCCCAAUGCUGGGAGGACGUUUCAUGUAGCCUCGGGCUACACACUAUCGGAGGGUUCAAUGUUGUUUAUGAGCUAGUUUUCUCGGACGGCGUUGUUUGGAUGGCGCGUAUCCCGCUUCCGUAUAACUGUUUCCAACCCGAAGAGGUGACGGCUUCAUAUGCCGCUACUCUGAAGUAUCUGAAGAGACAUAGUACUAUACCCGUCCCAACUGUGUUUGCGUACAGCCUUCAGUCAAACCCAGAAAACAAGGUCAACGCAUCUUAUAUCCUCAUGGAGCGGCUCCCAGGCCGUCCAUUGCCUGUGCUGGAAAGCCCGAGCCUUGACAUCGAUUUGGACGAUCUUGCGAUGGCAGAGAAGAUACACCAGCAGCUAGCUGAUGUUAUACUGGAACUGGGUAUGUCUUCUAUCCUUCAAUAA